UCCUUUGCCAAAAAAAAAAGACACACAUACACACACAACCAAAAAACAUUCCACAUUCCAAAUAAACAUCAUUUCCUAAAACAAAUUCAUCCUCCCAAAUCUCAAAAACACAACCACCAAAAAAUGGGGAAAAACAAUCUGAGCGACGAACAAGUCUCCGCCAUGAAAGAAGCAUUCACCCUUUUCGACACAGAUGGCGACGGAAAGAUCGCACCAUCCGAGCUCGGAAUCCUAAUGAGAUCUCUUGGUGGCAAUCCAACACAAGCCCAAUUGAAAUCAAUAAUCGCUGAAGAAAAACUAACAUCCCCUUUUGAUUUCAACAGGUUUACUGAUUUAAUGGGCAAACAUUUGAAACCCGAACCGUUUGACAGACAACUUCGUGAUGCGUUUAAGGUUAUUGACAAAGAUGGGACAGGGUAUGUUGUUGUUGCUGAUCUUAAACAUAUUUUGACUAGUAUUGGUGAGAAAUUGGAGCCUGCUGAAUUUGAUGAGUGGAUCCGUGAAAUUGAUGUUGGAUCUGAUGGUAAGAUUAAGUAUGAGGAUUUCAUUGCUCGUAUGGUUGCCAAAUGAUUUCGACGGAGGUGCUAAUGGACUGUGCGCUUCCCACUUCCUCUUUUCUUUAAUUAGAAGUAAUAUUUUCAUGUGGUAAUCUUUAUUAAUCUGGAUUUGAAGUUUUCUGCUUGCUAGUUUCAGCUAUUUGUACUCUGGGAAUGCUAAAAGAACCCAUAAUUUGUGUGUUCAUUUCUCUCUUUUUGUUUCUUUUUUCCAAACAGGCUUCUUGUGAAUAACUUUGAUUAAAUGCUCUGAUGUAAUACAUUGGUUUAUGUCAAUUAAUUUCCUUUAA